GUCGUUCGGUUAGUACGCUAGCACGUUGAUUUGCGCGGAGUUAGUACAUCGAAGAAAGGCGCAGGGUUAACGGGAGAACGACCACUGAGGGCGCGUCGUUCUCACUAUCGUAUCGCCCGGCUCCAACGGAAUAACCAAUCGGAGCCGCGGCAGCGCCGCCAUUCUAUCGAGUUCGUGGCACGCCCUACAACUUCCUUCAUUGUCCUUCUUUCCGGGAUUCUCUGCGAGGAAGGAUGGCUCAGAACAAUUAUUUUGGGUUUACUCACGGCGGAACGCAAUAUGGAGCAACCAGCGCUGCUGCUUACCAAACCGGCCAAGCGGGGUACGCAGUAACACCAGCGGCAACCGCCGCUACAUAUACUCAACGCCCGACUGCAGCAGCAGCUACUGGCUACGAAACUUAUCAAGCAGCUGCAGCUGCAGCAGCUUCAGGAACUACUUACGCAGCUGCAAAUCCUGGAACUGUAGCUCAAACAUACGAUUACGGUUACGGUAGAGCUGCCCCUGCAGCUGCUUACGACGCCACUAAAACUUAUUAUCAGCAACCUGCUGCAGCAGCUGCUACUUAUACAACUACUGAAACACACUAUCAAGCAGCUAAGCCUGCCUACAGUACAUCAAGUGCCUAUACAGGCGCUGCGAGACAAGCUACUACUACAGGACAAGCCAAAACUUAUCAAGCAUCGAGUACAGCUUAUCAACAAUCUAAUCCCACACAAAGUGCUACAUACUCUUCAGGAUACACUGCUCCUGCUACUCCAGCAGCUACACCAUCCACAGCGACAAAUAAAACUGCAAGUACAACGUAUUCCGGCUACGACGCAGCGCUUUACAGCGCUGCGACUAUGUAUGUAGCCCAACAGAGUGCAAACAGCAAUUCGACUAACCAGAAGACUGGAGGUUGGCAAAGCUACGGACAAAAGGGGUUCAGAACUGGAGGGGGAGGAAUGAAGGCAAUGCGGCCAAAGCAGCCUCCCAAGCCUCAGCAACUUCACUAUUGUGAUGUCUGUAAAAUUAGCUGUGCUGGACCUCAAACUUAUCGUGAACACUUGGAAGGUCAAAAGCACAAGAAGAAGGAAGCUUCCUUAAAAGUUCCACAACAGCCUCCACCACGUGGUGCUGGAAAUAGUCUACGUUGUGAACUAUGCGAUGUCACUUGUACGGGUAAUGAUGCAUAUGCUGCUCAUAUCAGAGGUGCCAAACAUCAGAAGGUAGUGAAGUUGCAUACAAAGCUUGGGAAACCAAUACCAAGUGCCGAUCCUACCGUUUUGAAUCCAAAACCUACUGCAGCAGCUAAAACAACAGGAACUAAGAAGCCCACUGUGACAGCCACUCCUAAAAUUAAUUUUGUUGCCUCUGGCAACUUAGGUACUGUUAAUCAAAAUCAAACGACUGAAAUAAAAACAGAAGAAACAGUUGCAGAAGAGACUGUAGAAGAAACAGCAGUAGAUGAAAAAGAUAUACAACCAGUUGGUCAGGAAUAUAUAGAAGAGAAUAAGUCUGAAGAUGGAAAAAUCAUAAGCUUUAAUUGCAAACUUUGCGAAUGUCGCUUUAACGAUCCUAAUGCCAAAGAUAUGCACAUGAAGGGAAGACGUCAUCGAUUUGCUUAUAAAAAAAAGGUUAAUCCUGAUCUUGUUGUUGAUAUGAAGCCAAGUCUCAAACAAAGAAAAAUGUUAGAAGAAAAAUUACGUCGACAACAAAUGCGAGAUGAAUUUAUACGACGUAGAGAAGAAAUUAAUCAAUUAGGUCCAAUGGGACCAAUAAUAGACGAGGAAAUGAUGUAUUGGGAAGAACGACGUAGAUAUGAAGAAGAAUGCGAAUAUUAUGAGUGGUAUAGACGAUAUGGACGUGCACCGGGUGCACCUCCUAUUCCAAGACCCUUUCCAGGACCACCACCGAUGUUGAUGUUCCCUGGUCCACAAAGGCGACCGGACUCGUCUGAUGAUAAACACGUAUUAGCUCAUCAUUCGACUAUAUAUCCUAAGGAGCAAGAACUGCUGGCAGUUCAGAAAAUUGUUUCGCAUACUGAGAAGGCUUUGAAAUUUGUGUCAGACGCAUUAGCAGAAGCUGGUAAGAAAACAGUAACUCCUGCUACUACUACAACCGCUACUCCUACGACACCGACGGCUGCCAAUACACAAAUCAUUGCACCAGAUUCUAUAAAGAAAGAGGAAGGAGACAAAAAGAAGGUAGCACAACCACAGAAAGAAGAUGGCAGCGAUGGCAAUCUAUUCUCAUUCCAAAAGGAAAAAGAAGAUUCGAGAAUAUUGCGAGGUGUCAUGCGUGUUGGAAAUUUAGCUAAGGGACUCUUAUUAUCUGGCGACAAUCACGUAUGUCUUGUAGUAUUGUGUGCUGAGAAACCUACAAGGACAUUAUUGAACAAGGUUGCUGAAAUUUUACCAGCCCAAUUAAAAAUCGUAUCAUCAGAAGAUACUUACAACGUUGGAAAACAUCCAGAAUCUGCUGCCCUUACUGUUUCCGGAGGAUCAGUAACAGUCAGUGUAACGCUAACCAGUCCUCUUAUGCGUGAAACACCUAAAACAGUGGCAACAGCAGAUAAUGCUGGACAGCAGCAACAGGGAGCUGCUCAACCACAAACUACGCCCGCGACGCCAGCUGCGACGAAACCAGAUCCACCAGAUGUACUACCCAAGGCUAAGUGUUUGGAGGCUUUAGCUGCACUCAGGCAUGCCAAGUGGUUUCAGGCUAGAGCAACUUCACUGCAGAGCUGCGUAAUGGUCAUUCGCAUAAUGCGCGAUCUUUGUAAUCGUGUACCUACGUGGGGACCUUUGAAUCCAUGGGCACUAGAAUUAUUGACUGAAAAAGUAAUCAGCACAGCCGGAGGACCUCUUAGUCCAGGUGAAGCUUUACGAAGACUUUUGGAAUGUGUUGCUGGAGGAAUACUAUUACCAGCUGGUCCAGGAUUAUCUGAUCCAUGUGAGAAAGAACCAGUCGAUGCAAUAGGUAAUAUGUCAUUUCAACAAAGAGAAGACAUAACAGCUUCAGCUCAACAUGCACUAAGAUUAGUUGCAUUUCGUCAAAUUCAUAAGGUUCUUGGUAUGGAACAAUUACCACCACCAAAAUAUAAGGGUAGAUUUGCGAGAAAGCGAAGACGGGAUAAUAGCAAUGGAGAAGGAACUGACAGUGAAGCUUCUAAAAAGGACAAAAAAGCUGAGGAGAUCAAAAUGGAGACUGACUCCAAGUAGAUCUUCUAAAAGAACACAUUCGCAUUAUGAAUUUACC